ACGCUCAGUUGUAUAACCUAUUUGCAGAACUUUUCGUUGCUUCAAUUGCAGCUCGUCGCAAAACAAACUGAAAGUAGCAAAAUGGCUGGUGAACAAGAGAAACUGACCGGCCUCUCGAAGAUCUUCAAUGGCACAACUAUGGCAGGCCGUGCAAAUGUGGCGAAGGCAACAUACGCUGUUGUGGGCCUGUUAAUUGCCUACCAGAUCAUGAAGCCCAAGAAGAAGUAGAGAUGACACCACAAUUUAGAUGUGCUCGUUGUGUCCUGGAGAGCAGCAACUGCAGCAUAGCAGCCAUUCAUAUUUAAGUGUAGUGCAAAUGAGCUUGAAGGAAUAAACCAUUUUCAAAACCGAA